CCGCCCGGCGGAGACACUUCGCAGCGCGGCAGCUCUGCUCUGCGCCCGAAGCCUGCGGAUCCCAGCCAGCUCGCCCCGACCUCGCCAGUCGCAAUCCCCAGUGCCCAGGCUGGUCUUCGCUGAGAGCGGCAGCAUGUACGCAGUGUCGCACCCCGGGCUCUGAGAGCAGCCCGUGGACACGCUUGCCUGCCUGUCUUUUUAGGUUUUGGGGCUCUCGGCUACACGGAUGUGCCCCCUUCCCUUGGCAUGAUGGGGAUCUUUUUGGCGUCAGUUGGAUUUGUGUUCUUUUCCGUGCUGUAUGUACAACAAGGGCUUUCUUCUCAAGCAAAAUUUACCGAGUUUCCGCGGAACGUGACUGCGACCGAAGGGCAAAAUGUGGAAAUGUCCUGUGCUUUCCAAAGCGGCUCCGCUUCAGUGUACCUGGAGAUCCAGUGGUGGUUCCUUCGGGGGCCAGAGGACCUGGAGCAAGGGACUGAGGCUGCAGGCGCGCAGGUGGAGCUAUUACCUGACAGAGACCCGGACAACGACGGGACCAAGAUUAGUACAGUGAAAGUCCAAGGCAAUGAUAUCUCCCACAAGCUUCAGAUUUCCAAAGUGAGGAAAAAGGAUGAAGGUUUAUAUGAGUGCAGGGUGACUGAUGCCAACUACGGGGAGCUACAGGAACACAAGGCCCAGGCCUACCUGAAAGUCAAUGCCAACAGCCAUGCUCGGAGGAUGCAAGCCUUUGAAGCCUCCCCUAUGUGGCUACAAGACAUGAAGCCUCGAAAGAAUGCAUCUUCAGUGAUUCCCAGCAGCAUCCACAGCUCUGCCAACCAACGAAUGCACUCCACCUCCAGCCCUCAAGCGGUAGCCAAAAUCCCCAAGCAAAGUCCACAAUCAGCAAAGAGCAAAUCGCCUGUAAAAUCUACGGAGCGGACAGCAAAGUUGACCCUAAACGCCAAGCACCAUUCCGCACCCCUCUACUCUAGUUACCUACACAAGGAGCGUCAGCUUCCGGAAGCAUAAAUGAAGAGGCUAUCAUGCUUUAUUGAUAGUAUUUUCUUUGGGAAGUCGCUGAUCUUUUAUUUCAAGAGAAUUAAUGUGACGUGAUAGAACAUUUUCUAAUAACAAGAUCAAUUUUUUUCUUUUAUUGCAACAAAUAAGAUCUACAUUUCACUGAUUGUUCAGGAGUUGGCCUGAAAGUCAUCGGUAUAGUAAAUAUUUCCAUGGAUUCUACCGUUUUCCUACCAAGGGAUACCUAAUCUGCAAGAAUCAAACAAAGAUGGAAAGCCUAAGAAACACAAACUAUCUUUGAACAGCACCCCAGCUGGGGAGAAAAACAAAAACAAAAAGCAAAAUGCUGGACACUGCAAAUUAAAAACAGACAACUUUAUUUUACAUAAGAAAUAAUCAAAGAAAGUUUUUUUUUUUAUUUAAACUUCUUUUUUGCCCCGUGGAAUUUACCUUGGAGUUUCCCUUCUUUUCCUUGAUUGCUGUUCUUGUUCAAUGGUGGCAAGUGCCAAUUAUGGCUAAUCCUUGUCAAUCUUGGGAGGUUUAUAUUCAUACAUAUUGACUGUGCUAUAUUUCAAUGUGUUUUAAUUCAUUUUGCAGUUUCUGUAUAUGCAAACCUGGCAAAUCCUGUAAAUUGCUUAUAGUGUGUGUAGUAUGACUUCAAGGUAGAUAGACUAUGACUUUCAUGCAAGCUGACUUUCUUCAUUCUAUAUACAAAUAUACACAUGAGCAUAUAUUAGGCCACAAACUUCUUUUCCAAAAGCAUUAUUUUUUAUUUGUAACUCACAUAUUGUGUGGAUUUUUGUAGUGUGUUUCUCUGUUCCACUGGUUCAACAGCUAUAGUUUGUCUCUGUUGUCCUCUGCUUCCUUCUGGAAAAUGCAUAUUUUUAAAUUGUGUAUGUCUCUGAUAGAUGAAUUAAUUUUGUUGUAUGUAUGCUAUGUUGGAAUUUGCUGCAUUCUUUUGUAUGUGUGUUUAUUAAGGUUUGGGGAUCUUGAGUCUGAAGAAUGCACAUCCUGCUUUGAUAGAUCUCUCUGUGUUAUCAAUAUUCUAUCUCGAAAAAAAGAAUGAAACCAAGUGGGGAGGCUGAAGAAGACAUUUUGACUCCCCAAGGUCCUGGAAGAGUACUUCACAGUCUGACUAAAUAAUGCUGCUUCCAGUGUUCUUCAAAAAAUUCUGUAGCUUUGUCAUUCUGUUAUUUGCUGCUAAUUAUAUUUUAAUGUCUACUAAUUAAAAAUUAAAAUGUGAUUGUUGGCUGAAUACAAUAUGCAAAUACUGCAAAUCCCAGACUGAAAAAGAUAGGUGUUCAAUCUUGACUCAUUAAUUGUAAUUUUAAAUAUUCCAUUAUUAUUUUUGACUUUAUGGUAUUUUGUUUAGACCCAUUCUAAAUAAAUCUUUAUCUGGCAAAGAAAGACAAAGCAAUCAAUAUAUUCCUGCUUACAAUAUGGAAGAGUUAUAGCCUGAGAAAGAAUAUAUCCAGAGAGUCAUCCUAAGAGAUUCUUUUAUUUUUAUUACAAAACCAUAACACCAUAUAAGUAGGAAUGGUCCAUUCCCAAUACAAGGUCCUAAAUUGUAACUUGAAUGCAAUGAGUACCUUUGCUUUUCUAAAGUAAAGGACUGGACUUUGCCAUCCACUUAUAAGCAAUGUGCAUAGUUUCAUAACAUUCUUGACAUUCUUUUAAGAAAUGCUAAAAGAUUUUAUGCUAAAUAUUUUCUUGCCAAUUUUCUUGUUUCAUUUGACUCAAUACUUCAUUCUAAUGAGAAAUAAAGGUUUAAUUAUGAUACUUUAUUAACA